ACCGGAAGUCCUGCUCUGUGACAGCAGCGGCUGUCGGCUUGUGUGCAGACGCCGCAGUGAUGCUGGCAGUCCAUUAAACCGACCUGCUUCAGAGACGUUCCUGCCUCCUUCAGGUAAAACAUCGGGAGCGAAGCAGCGCAGCCGGACGGCGGCUAGCCCAGCUUUGUAUCAGCUGCGUCUUUGUAGACAGGUUCUGCUUGAAUCUGUUUUGUGUCCUCUAGACAAACGAUGGCCAGUCCAAAUGAUCUGCAGUUCCAAGAGUUUGAAGAAGCAGCGGACCUUCUAUCUGCGGACCCCGGGGCCUCCACGCUCAGCUUGUCUGCACCGAGUGAGCCCACCGCCACAGCAGCUGGGGAGGAUGUAAAACUGGACCUGUCUGAGGACGAGGAGGCUCACCAGGAGAGUUCAGAGCUUUUAGGAGGACAGAAAUCAAGUGGAGGCUUCUGGACGUUUGAAUACUAUCAGUCUUUCUUUAAUGUGGACACUAUGCAGGUGCUGGACAGAGUCAAAGGCUCGGUGAUGCCUUUACCUGGAAGAAACUUCGUCAAACACUACCUCAGGAAUAACCCAGACCUGUAUGGCCCGUUUUGGAUUUGCGUGACUCUGGUGUUCUCAGUAGCGAUCAGUGGGAACCUGUCCACCUUCCUCAGUGAGCUUGGCAACCCCACCUAUCACUACAGGCCACAGUUCCACAGAGUUGCCAUAGCUGCAGUGGUGAUCUUCCUGUACGCCUGGCUGGUGCCCAUCGCUCUGUGGGCCUUCCUGACCUGGAGACAGGGGACUGAGAGGCAGGUUGGAGGCUACUCCUUCCUGGAGACUGUGUGCGUCUACGGAUACUCCCUCUUCAUCUAUAUCCCUACAUCAAUUUUGUGGAUCAUACCAUUUGACUGGCUGCAAUGGACGCUGAUCGUAGUUGCCAUGGUGAUCUCCGGCUCAGUCCUGGUGCUCACCUUCUGGCCCGUUGUCCGGGACGACACCAAAGUAGCAGCGGUGGCCACAGUGGUGACCAUUGUAGUGUUGCACACGCUGCUGGCGAUUGGCUGCAAGCUAUACUUCUUUCAAACAGCACCCCACACACCUCCACCAACCACUACGACCCCACCGAUACAUACAACUUUAGGUGUCAAACCCCACUGACCAGCGCAGUACGAGGGAAGAGGGCUCAUCAUAUCAUGGGCACAGGACUAAUGUUUGGGCUGGGAAGUGUUUGGAAAUGUGAGAUGAGGCUGGAGCUGAUUGGUCUGCUUUUCAGUUGAGGUUAGAAAGCAGCUUUUCUACUGUGAUCUUUCAUGAUUGUGGUGCAUCAUGGCCACCUUAAUGCAACCCAAGUUCUCAAUAAGCCUUCCAAAAUGUAGAUAGAAGUGGAGAACAGGUGUUAGAAGUCAUAAAGUCAGCCUCUGGGUUAGGGCUGCUUGGAUUCCUGACAUGUUGGAGGUGCUGCAACGAGAAGCUGAAUCCCCAGGAAAAUCGUAUGGAGGUUAAACCUCUUCAGUGCAAUUCCACCGACAUUCCUCUGUCCUGUGUAACGAAACCUGAAGAAACGUAGGCGAUGAAGAAGGCAUUCCAGACUACAGAUAUUCUGAAUGUAUUUAACAACCGUGGAACAGAAAGGUAGCACUGCUGGUGUACCACAUCCCUCUCCUCAGACUUUCACUCAUGACUUUACUUUAAAACAGUUAAAUUAUAAAGUUUGGGGAAGGUUUAGAGCUAUUUAUUUUCCUUUGUGAAGCUACUGAUCCCUACUUUUGUUAAUAAAUUUAGAAUUGUUACUCUA